UCUAGGAUGGGUGUUACGUAACUCAUCCCGACUUAGAAAUUAACUCAACCUACUGAAGCCUACCCACUGGCACUGCGCCGUGUAAUUACUUCCUAUUCCUAUGAAAAAUGUCGGCCAGCAAAUGACUUCGGGCGCUGUGUCCGGCUUGACUUCAACCAUUGCCUUACAACCAUUUGACCUCUUGAAGACCCGGCUACAACAAGGAGACAGCGUUCAAGAUCGCAAUGUAUCCGUCCUGAAGACUAUAAGGGAGGUCUUGAACUCCAAUGGAAUGCGAGGGCUUUGGAGGGGAACGGCGCCUUCCUUGAUACGUAACGUCCCCGGUGUAGCGCUGUACAUGACUGGUUUAACCCAGCUCCGGUCUAUCAUGGCUUCAUCCCAAUACUUUACUGUUCCAAUCAUCCAUAAUCAACCAAAUGCGACGCACAGCUCCGUGUUACCUAAACUCACGAAUACUGGGAAUCUUGUCGCUGGUGCAACAACUCGAGUGGGAGUGGGACUUUUGAUGAAUCCUCUUACUCUGCUCAAAGCAAGAUUCGAGAGUAACAUUUAUGCAUAUCAAACGCUAUCCGGAGCAUUCGCCUCUCUUGUCCGAUCAGGUCCCACCGAACUCCUACGAGGCGUAUCAGCCGCUUCGUUGAGGGAUGCACCGUAUGCUGGUAUCUUCGUCGUGUUCUACGAAGCCUUGAAACGGAAUGCCUCUCUCGUCGUAACACCAACCUCUCACACUCAGUCCUCAAUACUGCACAGCGGCGCGGCGGCGGUGGCGGGCGCGCUUGCGACUCUAGCUACUCAUCCCUUCGAUGUUGUGAAGACCAAAUUGCAAGUCCGCACUGAGAACCAAUACCUUAGCUUUGCAUCGACAGUGCAGACCAUCUGGAGGUACCGUGGUAUACGCGGCUAUUUUGAUGGUGCUUCCCUUCGGCUUUCACGAAAGGUCCUGAGUUCGGCUAUAGGCUGGGCUGUCUACGAGUUCAUUUUGAUGUCUGUAUGGUCUUGAAGGAAAAAAACACUUGUGCUGGACUCAAAAUUAAUUGAUCACUUGAAAAGCUGCUAUCUGUAUAUACAUAUAUAUCUUCAAGUUAUUUCAGCAA